AUGGCCGUUCCGGUUGAAGAGGCGUCUCUGCCUCUCUAUCACCCCGCCAAGCCCCUCCCGUUUGAGCUUGUCCAGCAUGUGGCUAUUUUCUUUGAGGAAAAGCUCCAUACCCAAGCGCUCAGUCUGCUGCUGGACUCCCUGAGCGUCCACCACAACGCGUCAACGCCCACAUAUAUUCCGUCUCCGCAACAUCUAGCCCUCGCCGCCACAUUCCUCGUUCACCCCUCCACGACGGCCCGCCCUAAGACCACCGAGGAGGAAGAGGCACCCAAUGUAUCUCUGCGUCUGCUACGUUUAGUGAACAGUCUUGUUGGUCCUUUCAACGCACAAUUUAAUACUGCCUUUCUAUUCACGCACUUUGAAACCUCGCGCCAUGGUGGCCGCCGCCAUGCAGAUGAUUCAGCCUUCAGCGAACGGCGAAAACCUCUGAACCUCGACCGCGAUAUUGAUAUCGAUCUUGCACAGUCCGCCUCAGUCUGGUCGCGUGCGGAGGACUUCUGGCAUGCUGUCGGCUGGGCUUUCAAUUGCUCUGUUCUGCACCCGGCUCGUUGGGAGCGAUGGCGUGUCUGGCUUGAGUUUAUGUGCGAGAUCCUCGAGGACGACUGGAGUGAACGGUUACGAAGAAAGGAAAAUGAGCCUUCUAAAACAACCAAAGAUGGAGAAGGAUUGGAGGGCAGCUUGAUAGUUCAGUAUAUCAAUAACUCCAUGGCUGGGUUCGGCCGCAAUCGUCGCAUCCUGCGCUCGAUUUUCGCCGAUGGAACAACCCACUUCGUGAACGAAUUCCGCGAAGUGUUUCACAACGAAGUGAAGCUUUCGCGGAAGAAAACUCCAAAAGAAAAGGAAAAUAAGAAAAGAGAGGCUGCUGUCGAUAUUGAAGCAGAUGAAUACGCCGACUUUUACCUCUCCUCCGACUACGAUACGUCAUCAUCUACAGGGGACCGUGAAUCCAAACGCCCUCGCAGGUCCAGAGGAGCAACCAGAAAAUCAGCUGCGGACAAAUCCAAGUCGAACAUCGACUCUCUACCAAAUCCAAUACUCCCAACUGCCGCCCUCGGCGACACCGCCUCCCUCGCCCUCCGCCAACGCCUUCUCCAGCUCCUUUCUACCGUCUCUGAAGCUCUCCCCAAUCACCUAAUGGAGCUCCAAGAUCUCUACCACCUCUACGUCGAAUUCAUCCGCCCCCUUCCUCUCCCUAUAUACCAGUCUUUCGUCUCCCCGUUCGCCCUCCCGCACUUCACCCCGGCCGCGCAAACAACCCUCUGCGAACUCCUCCUCUUCCGCCUCCGCGAAACCGCCGCGCCACAAUCCGAGAAAGCGUACCUUGACCAGGCCAAGCUCGAAUUGUGCUUUCUACCCUACGCCACGGCGACAUCAAGUCUUUCCGAUAAUGCAAAGAUGUCGAUCACGCUCGAAGCCCUCAUUAUCCUGCUAGCCGAUGACAACCUCCUUGUUGUCACGGACGACACAAAGCGGCUUAUGCAGACAGGUAUUAUCCGGCGUGCUGAAAAGGCACAGUACGAGACCAGGAAGAAUCAGCUUGCUAGAAUGUCCGAAGACAUGGAGUGGAGCUGGCUGUGUGAGAGCGCGGAGCGGUUGAGGUUUCUAGUGGACGAGGUCAUUACGGGAGAUUCGGCUUCUUCGGGGUCUUAA